CGAUGCCAAUCAAGAAGUGUUAUUUUUUACAGCUGUUUGUUGACGUUGACAUCAUUGUGGUUGGUUUGAUACUCUUUGGUUGACAAUUUGCUAUCCAUCGUCGAACGUAAAUAAAUUACUACUAUGAAAAUAUUGUAACAACAAAUUGUUUCUCGUAUGGAAUUGUUGUUAUUCAAUCAUUACAAAUGUCUAAUUAUCAAGAAAUUGUGAACUUAAAUGUGGGAGGUACACGAUUCUCAACAUCAUGGCACACUUUAACCUGGGUUCCGGAGACUUUCUUCACUGCUCUCCUCAGUGGCAGAAUACCGACAGUGCGAGACGAAAACGGCGCAAUCUUUAUAGACCGUGACCCAAACCUCUUUGGUCUCAUAUUAAACUUCCUUCGUACUAGGGAUAUAGAUCUUGAAAAUGUAAACAUAAGGGCGCUGAGACAUGAAUGUGAUUAUUUUGGUAUCACUCCAUUGAGCAGGCGGUUGGCCUUAUGUGAUGAGAUGAAUCACUCUACAUGUGGUGAUGUGCUGUUCUAUGGAUAUUUACCACCCCCAUUGAACACGGCGUUGCCAAACGGCAGCACUGCACGGAACGGCAACAGCUGUUCUCGGAAGAACUCGACGGCUUCCAACACAGAUGUGGCGGCUAACAGAACACACUCUAGGAACUCGUCAUUGGAUCUUCGCACUGUUGGCAGGAUACCUUCACAGGAUCAGUUGAGCCGAUGCGGCCGGGGUCACUCGAGAGCGGCCUCGUUAGGCAACGCAGACUGCCACAAAGGACAUCGACCGCCAGACAUGAGUUCAUGGUCUGACAGUAUGAAAGUACAAAUUAUCAAAGCGCAUCACAACUGGGUGGCUGUCGCAUAUACACACUUCGUUACCGGUUAUAGAUUGACAGACUCCUGCGGCUGGUACGUAGUAUUCCAAUCGCCUGUUCAAGACUCGGUGAUAGAACGAAUAGCCUUGAAUGCGAAGACGGGUGGUGGUGGUGGUACAUCGAGCGGGAACAGUACUACUGGCACUGACGUCAUGCUGGGCAUAGCCAGCGGUGCUCACGUGAGGCUGUGGGCGUUCUCAACACAUAGCGAACCUGUGAGACGGACCUUAGUUGGUACAUUCAACCUCGGCGUUAGAGUUGAACACCUUCUCUUCGUUGGCCCUCAACUGGUGGCUCUAAGCGGGGCCGGCAGUAGAAGUAAAGCCGGCGUCUGGCACACGAGCACACAACACUGGCAGACGCAGGAUGUCGCGCACCUGACCACGUAUGAUACUGCGGGGUCGUUCUUACUGCUCGGUACCGCGACGGGAGCUAUUAAUUAUAUUGAUAUGCAAAAGUUCCCGUUACGCAUGAAAGACAAUGAUCUGCUCGUGACACAACUGUACAAGGAUCCGAAUCAGGAGCCCAUCACAGCUAUAUCUGUUUAUCUGACGCCAAAAACAAAUUUGUGUGGCAACUGGAUCGAGAUAGCUUACGGCACUCGAUGUGGUUCCGUUCGCGUCAUAGUGCAGCAUCCAGAGACAGUGGGCCACGGACCGCAGCUGUUCCAGACCUUCACCGUACAUCAGAGUCCUAUUACUAAGGUGUCUCUAUCGGAGAACCACCUGGUGUCGGUGUGCAGCGAGUACAACCACGUGCGCACAUGGCGCGUGACCCGCUUCCGCGGCAUGAUCUCCACGCAGCCCGGCACCACGCCCAAGGCCGCCUUCAAGGUGCUCGCGCUGGAGGCGCCCACCGCGCAGCCGCAUAACGACUGUGAUAUUGUUUCAGGACCCUAUGGCGAACAGGACGAGGAACAGAUAUUCAUUCAGAAAGUUGUUCCCGACACGGAUACGUUAUACGUACGACUUGCGUCUAAUGGGAAAAGAGUGUGUACGAUCCGUUCGGUGGACGGGUCGGCGGUGUCCUGCUUCGUGGUGGCGGAGUGCGAGGGCGCGCUGCGGCCGCGCCGCCUGCUGUUCUGCGGACACCGCUCCGGGGCCACGCAGAUGUGGGACCUCACCGCGCCCAUCGACAAGGCUGUUAAACCGCCAACUGUAGCUGGGACUGCAGCGGUAGAAGUCGAGGAGUCCCCCGUCCCCGACGGCGGCCCGUCCCCGGACGAGCUGGUCCGGCUGCUGUCGGCGUGCGACCUGGACGCGGCGCCGGCGCCCCCGCUGCCGCACUCCCCCAACCGCCCGCUGCAGGCGCCAUGAACCCCGCUCUGCCCAGCCCUGCGCUGGUUCUACUCGUUGGUCGUCAACGCGUGAUACGACCACUACCAUAAGCGCGCUCUACACUCGCGGCGCGAAAGACCGCGAAAGCCGCAAAACGCGUGUGAAGAUGGAUUCGCGCGCACGCGUCUCACCGUUCCCCGUUCGUUGCAGGGAACGGCGCGAAUCGCGGCGUGAAUUCACAGCAAGAAUCGCGAGGGAGUGUAGGGCACGCUUUAUACGAACGUCACUGUCUAAAUGGGUGUCAUACUGUCUUCUUCUUUGUCAAGAGAUGUAAGAAAGACAACAUUAGAAUAGUGUCGUUCUUGAAUACACGUAUGGUCGACGUGUUUUGAUUUCAGAAGAUGUAUAAUUUACCACAAUUUUAGACUAUUGGGAUUAGGCUAUAUAAGGGAAUUUACCCUAUAACAGUACAAUGAACUAUCUAACAGUGAAGUCAAAUGCAGUUUUCCUUUUACAUACACUGUGAUUUUUAGUCGUCUUACAAAAGCAGCCCAGUUCAUGAAUCCAAUGACUAGAACACGUUCAUGAUAAAAAAU